UUCAUCAUUGAUUCCUCCAAACCCACACAUUUUCUCAUUCCCCCUUCUCCCAAAAAACCUGAGAGAAACUGUCUGUGUGUUUACGUCGGUGACCUCAUUGUCACGUCAAUCGCCAGAGCCCGACGACGACGAGCUUCCCAAACAACAACAGGGACCCAAUUUAAUACGCCUUAAGAUCACGUCGAUUCUCUCCGUACGUACACUGGCUGCCUGUGCCUGGGCAUCUCAUUUAACGCCCCUCUACCAAAACCUUCCUCGCCUCUUCAAACAACUUUCAAGAAAGCACUAAAAAAGUACUACUACCGUGCUUCGUUAACUAUAUCGUUGGCGUUGACGGAGUCCGGCGAGAUGGGGAACUGUCAGGCGGCGGAGGCGGCGACGGUGGUUAUUCAACACCCGGGGAACAAGGUGGAGAGAGUUUACUGGUCCGUGAGCGCUCACGAGGUCAUGAACUCGAACCCGGGCCACUACGUGGCGCACGUGGUGACCUCGCCGACGACGAAGUCCGAGAACGGGACGCCGUUGAAGCAACUCAAGCUACUCCGACCGGAUGACACGUUGCUCAUCGGCCACGCUUAUCGUUUGAUUAGCUUCGAAGAUGUGUUGAAGGAGUUUGCUGCGAAGAAGUGCGUGAAACUGGGGAAGUUGCUUGAGAAAGGAGGGCUUGGGUUUGGGGUUGGCGUUGGCGUUGAGACGAGAAGGAAGGACUCGGGUCGUUGUUCGAACACGAAUCCGAAACCGAAAUUCGAGAACUCCGGUUCAGUCAAGGUGGAGCAGGAGGUUCACCGGCAGGGAAACAACGGGGGCAGCAGUAUGAGAGGUGGUGUGGGCAGGCACCAUGGUGGUGGGGGCCAAUGGAGGCCAGCCUUGCAGAGCAUUGCAGAGGUUGGAACUUGAAAUCACCAGCAGUCGCUACCCAACGAUGCUCUCUCACUUUCAUAUAUCGUCUCACUCUCUCUACUCUCUCCCCACCAAUAAAACCGCAACCAAUCCUUUCUCUUUUUUCAAUACCUUUAUAUAUAUAUAUAUAUUCUCUCUUUAUAAUUUUGGACACAUGUUGCCUGUAGACCUUUCUUGCUAGGGUUUGUGUUAGAUGCACGUAGCUCAAUUUGGAUACUUGUUCAAACUCUGAAAUUAGAGUACCCACCACUCUUCUUAAUUGUAAUUAGCCGCCGGCUAUCUAUUGAUUCUUACUUUUUUCAA